AUGUAACUGUAUCAUCAGUCAGCUCGAAGUGUUCUACCAGCAAACAUCCAAUCAACCAAACAACCAACCCAACCAACAAUGAACUUCACCAAGAUCUUCAUCUUUGUCGUUCUGGCGGCGCUGCUGCUCUGUGGCCAGACGGAGGCAGGCUGGCUGAAGAAGCUGGGAAAGAAAGUUGAAGGAGCUGGCAAGCGGGUGUUCAACGCCGCAGAGAAGGCUCUACCGGUGGCAGCAGGUGUCAAAGCACUGGGUUAGAUGAACUGCAGAGGAAAGCAACAUAGUACAUAAGACGACGUCUCUGAUAAUUGUAACCACCUGUGAACGCAUCUGCGAAGAUAACGAGGAACCUGUUUUAAUAAAUUAGAAUGUGAAUCAAAUCAAA